AUGAUCCGACAGUGUCCAUGUCAACGCUUGACGGCGCUAUUACCAUUUCCUACCACUGCGCGCACCUGUCCAACAGAGUCGAGUUUGAAAAAGAAGCAGCAACCAGUCGUCAUGGAAAGGCUAGAUCAUGUCGGUCGCGUCUUCCCGUCGGUUGCCGACGUUCACAUGCCCUCUCGAAUGGGUGACCCAACGACAUGA